AUGGAUAAGUCAUGGAUGCAUGCGGAUAGAAGAUCGAAGGCAUAUGAGUUAGGCGUGGAAGGAUUUUUGAAUUUUGCUGUAGAAAAUCUUGGAAAUAAAACUCAUAUUCAUUGUCCAUGUGUUAAGUGUGGAAAUAUUCGAUUGUUUGAGGAUGGAAUUAUAAGGGACCCCUUAUACUUUAAUGGAAUUGACCAAAGCUAUAAAAUUAGGACAUGGCAUGGAGAACCUUGGGAAUGGACUACUACUGCUAGUAGAAAUGGGGAAGAAGAUGAGCAAAAUAGGUUCAGUUUUGUUUUUGAAGAAUUAGGGACGGAUGAUAAUGAUUUAGGCAAUAUUGGAUCUGAUCCUUCUGAGUUUGCCAAUGUGAUUGGGGAUGGAGAUCAACCCUUGUACCCUAGUUGCAAUAAGUACACGAAAUUGUCGGCUUUGGUGAAGUUAUAUAAUUUGAAAGCAAAACAUGAGAUGAGUGAUGUAGAAGGCAAAGAUUCAAUCUUGAAAAAGGGUGUGCCAGCAAAGGUGGUGUGGUAUUUUUCGCCAAUUCCAAGGUUUAAAAGGAUGUUUCAAUCACGUAAGACAGCUAACAGUUUGAUUUGGCAUGCUGAUAGAAAAUCAGUUGACGGUUAUAUGUCUCAUCCAGCGAAUUCCCCGUCUUGGAAACUUGUUGAUGAUGAAGGGCCCGAGUUUGGGGUCAAAACUGAUUUGCAACCCGAGUAUGGAGAGAGACGUACUCGCUUGCCUUUAGGGCCUUGGAAUUUUUCAAGAGCAGAGAAGAGAGCGGUUUGCAAUUCUUUCUAUGGUAUGAAGGUCCUUGAAGCAAUUGCUCCCUGUGGCAAUUUGUCUAGUUUUGGAGAAGCCUGCAAGGUUCAAAGUGAACUUAAUGGGGAAGAGAAUAAUGGCAUAUCAGAAAAUUUGAGGUGGCUAGUAGCUGGUCCAAGCAUGGCAGUGCCAUCAUAUAGGAGCUAUUUUAUUAAUGGUGUUAAAUUUAACACCAAGGCACAAAAUGAUGUGCGAACUAUGCAAAAUAGUGGAGUUUAUUUACUUGCACAUACUAUGCAAGCUGCUAGUGUCAAGGUUAAAAACCCUAUUGUCUCCAAUAUUAUGGUGUCAUUCAAGAAAUUUGGGACCUUGACUACCAAAAGUUUAGAAUCCUAA